AUGACUGGUGAAGCUACGCUUGUUGAUGAUGUUUUGGACGAAGAUGAGUUCUGUGACUCUGGUGCAGUUCUACAUGGCAAGCUGAAGGACUCCUUGACUUCUCAUGAUGCCAAGCACAAGGUGUCAUCCUGUGAUUUAAUGGUCACUGCUGUGACCAUACCUACUGGAACAGACACUGUGGACACUGAAAUGGCCUCCAGCUGUAGCCCACCAUUGAUUGACCAGAUAACUGGUGAGGCUACGCUUGUUGCUGAUAUGUUGGAUGUAGAUGAGAUCUGUGACUCUGGCGCAGUUCUACAUGGCAAGCUGAAGGACGCCGUGACUUCAUGUGAAGCUAAGAACAAGGUGUCAUCCUGUGAUUUACAGGGGGCACCUGAUUCUGCACUGGCUGAAGAGAAACCAGACUCUGAAGAUGAGAGAGAAUCUUCAGAUGAUUCAAGGGAAGAGAGCAGAAACAGUGGAUCAGAUUCCACAAUUGACACCAGAACAAUAGUCUCUAAGAUUCGUCAUCAGAGAAAUUCAGAUGUGCCAGUUCUGAGGAGAACUAAAAGUCUACUGUUAAAUGAGAGAAUUCUUGCUGAAUCUGACUUCUCUGAAUACUAUGACUCAAGCGCAGACAGCGAGGAAAAUUACAUCCCAGACUCCUGUGAAGAAAGUAGUAACAGUGACGAAACCUACUACUACUGA